UCGUUAAACAAAAAUGUAAAUUCUUAUCGUUGGUAGCUUGAAUAAAUUUUGCACGGAACAUUGAACGAAUACUUUCCAAACUUUGCUCAAUUAGAGAACAAAUAGAUAAGGCUGAUAUAUUUUAUAGAUUAGUAUGUAAAAUGAAUGUUAAAAAUCGAAGCUCAUUUUAAUAAAAAAGGGUGUGGGUGGUUGUGCGUGUGAAUGAAAAUAAGAACUACACUCACACCCACACCCUCAUAUUGGAUACAAAAUUAAACUCUGAAAAAAAAUGAUGUAUGCAUUCGCUUGAACAUCUGAAACAGUAAGGUUACUUUGAAUCAGUCGACAACAAUGACUCAGUUUUGACUGAAUACACAUAAAAAGAUGUGGAAUUUUAUAUAGAAUAUUAAUGUAGCAUAUUUUAAAUUUCAGCAGAUCCGUUUCUAAAAGCUCUCUUUAAUUUUUUCACUUUCGCACUCAACUUUGCUGUGACGUGAAAAAUCUAUUCGAAAAACACAGUCGACAUUUUUGUAGAGAAUUAAGUUCUCUAUUAAUUGACAUAAAAGACAAAGUUUUAAAAUAAAUUGUUAAAUGCUUGAAAGAUAGGAAAUAAAAAUGAGUCAUUUAUAAUGCAGUAUCUGUUAUCUUCCAUUUUCAGAGAAAAAUUUUAUAAUUUUUCAAAAGAAUCUUGAAUUGAAUUUUCUACUGAAGUAGGUUUGUCAUUUUAGCGGCAGAUCCUGCACGUCUAGUAAGAAGAAAUCGAAUUCUUUUGACAAACAGUAAUAUAAUAAUAGUAAAACUGCAUUUGAAGCAUACAACAUAUCUAAUAAUUAUCUUUGUUUUCUUUUAGCCUUUUCAAUAAUGAAAUAUAUCAAUAAAAUUUAGUUUAAAUUAAAAACAACUUUAUGAAUUAUUUAGUUUUUUUCAUUGAGCUUACAUAAUUAGUUAAAUUUGUACACAAAACUUUCUAUGUAGAGAAUAAAACAAACGAUUAAUCGAUCAAAUUAAUAUUUAUAACUGACAGUCAAACUAUAUUUUCGGGAUAUGUCAUAAUAAUGAGAAGGAAUAGAUAAUUGAGAAAAAAAAGACGUUUCUUUUCAUAGGUGUUGAGUCGAUUCUUCAAGUCAAUGUUGUUGUCGAUUAGUAGAUAAUAAUGAGUUAAAACUUGUUAGUGUUGGACAUAUGGUGUGGGUGUGGAUGUUAAUCUUCCCUUCAUUCAUAACCACACCCAACCCACCCCACUCCAUAUUUCAAUUAGAACAAAUCGAACAACAUCGAUUUCAACGAGAUGUAAUAUCAAUCAUUUUUUAUUAAAAAAUAAAUCAAAAAUUUGAAAUACUUUAGUCUAAUGGAAUAAUAAAAUCAAUUGUUGAUAAAACGUUUAUAGCUGAUCCGAAUGUUGAACGAUGAUUAGCAUUUGAAGCUGAACAAGAUCCAAUGAAUUUCGAUCAAGAGCAAACAUGGCCAACUAGAUAAGAUAUUCAACAAUCUGAACAUCAAUUAAAAAAAUGUGUACUUAAAGGAACUUCUCAAUAUCAAACUGCAUGGAUUAUUUCUGAUGAUGAAGAUAAUCAGUCUCUCAAUCAACAAAAUGUUUAGUUUUUUUUAGAAAUUAAAUCUUUUUCAAUAUUUUAGGAUUUUGAUGAAGAUCAUCAAGAAAUGAUGACUGAUUAUGCUGAUGAUCUACAAUCAAUUAAACUUGAUCAACAAGAACAUGAAGAAGAAAUCGAUGAACUUUUUAUGAAUCGAAAUAAUUAUGCUGAAAAAACAGAUUUAGAAGAUAAACAAACGUUUAUUUUAAUUCAAAUAUUUAAUUUAAUUUAA